AUGUCCUGGGUGCAGAAUCUUCUUUACUUCAUUGUAGGGGUGGCUAUAGCUAGCUUCGGCUUUAUAAAUAUCCAGUUGCUCCAAUUGAAGUUUUCCCAGCGGCCAGCCCUAUGGGAAAAGCUGGACGCUGUUUGCCCACCACCGGAGUACUGCCCGCCUACAUUCGCUCUCAAUGUCGCUUCAUCCAUCAUUUUUACACGGAAGUUUGCAAACGAGGGCUAUCGAAAGUUUAGCAAAGCUUUGGAUCGGCCGUUUGCACUACUCACACCCUGGGUGCGUGGCAGUACUGUGAUCGUACUGCCACCGUCGAAGAUCCCACUGCUCACACGCUCAGACAAGACCAAGGACGGCCAGUGGACGAAUCUGCAUGGCUUGGUUGAAACUACCCAGCUCGCCUACGUGAUUCCCGAUUCCAAUAUCUAUGAGAAUGUACUACAUUUCGAUGUGGUGCGUCGAAAAAUGAUGGCACCGGAAGACAUCAGUCGCCUCGCGCCCGUCAUCGCGGACGAAAUCAAGCUUUCCUUUCGUGAGCAAUGGGGGACAGAAAACGAGUGGAAGAGUAUCAAUGGUUGGGAUGGCUGUGGCAAGAUCAUUGCUCGCGCAGCACAGCGAAUCCUCAUUGGCUUACCCCUGAGCCGCAACGAGAGCAUGCUGGAAACAUCAAGACAGUAUGCCACUUCGCUCCUUGUGGGUGGCGCUAUCAUUAACUGUUUCCCCCCAUCGAUCCGGUGGGUCGUGGCGCCGCUAAUUUCGCUGCGUGCCCGGCACUUUCAAGCGCGUUAUGUCAAAAUGCUGCUCCCCCUCGUGGAAGAGCGCCUCCUCACUCGCUUAGCAGAAAAGGGGGGGGAACAGGUUCCAGAGGAAGUGCCCGAUGACUUUCUACAAUGGAUGCUUCCCAUCUGUGCCAAAAAUAAAGAUCCGGCCCAAAACCAGCUAGAUGCCCAUCGAAUUGCGCUCCGUCUGGCCAGCCUCCUGACCCCGCUAAUCUUUGCUGUCUGCUACGUCUUCGCCCACUGCGUCGUCGACAUUCAUAGCAGCAACGCUCGCGCCAAUAUUCUUGCCGGCCUGGAAGAAGAAUGUAGCCGCGUUUCCGCUCAAUAUGGGGGGCUCACAACUAGCGCUUCCGUUGAUGCUCUGAAGCGCGUCGACUCAGUCUUGCGAGAGUCGAUGCGCAUCUCCGACGUAUCAGUGACCAAUAUCUUCCGCGACGUCACCGCCGGCGAGGUGGACAUUGGAAACGGCAUCCGUGUCGGUCCUGGUGUGCGUAUGGUGUUUCCUACCCAGGACAUUCAUCUGGAUCCAGAUAACUACGAAGAUCCGAUGCGAUUUGAUGCAUUCCGCUUCUCGAGGUCUUUCGAGAAUGAGUAUGAGUAUAAGCAUCAGGGUUCCAAAAACCGAGCAGAAGAGCGAGAUAGUGAGCGUGAACUCAUUACCACAACCACGCCGACAUUUUUGCCCUUCGGAUACGGCAGGCAUGCUUGCCCUGGGCGGUGGUUCGCUGCUCAGGUUAUGAAGCAGGCGUUGGCUUAUCUGGUCCUAAACUACGACGUCGAAUUGAUAGGGCCACCGCCGAAGAGAAGAGCUCUGCUGAAUAUGAUGGUACCUCCUGUAGGCGUGCAAAUUCGAAUGCGACGAAAGUAA